CUCACCUCCCCCAACCCACCCACCAUGCAGUCGACCUACAACCUCAAGGUCAAGUGGGGCAAGCAGAUGUUCGACGUGGAGGUGCAGACGAGCGAGCCUGUGACGGCAUUCAAGGCGCAGCUGUACAGCCUGACUGGAGUGCCUGUGGAGAAGCAGAAGAUCAUGGGCUUGAAGGGCGGCAAUGUCAAGGACAAUGCAAAGUGGGAGGAGCUCGGCCUCAAGGAGGGCAAGAAGGUCAUGCUCAUUGGAAGUGCUGAGGAGAUGCCGCCGCCGCCGACAGAGAAGGUCGUCUUUGUCGAGGACUUGUCCGUCGAGGAUCAGGCUCGCUUGGCCGUCGUCAACCCGCCGGGCUUGCAGAACCUGGGCAACACCUGCUAUCUCAAUGCUACCCUCCAGUGCUUUCGAGGCGUGCCCGAGCUGGCUGCCGCUCUGGCAAAGUACGCUCCGCAGGAGCAGUCGCCCCCGGCUAUGCUCACCGCUGCUAUCCGCGGCCUUUGGGAGGAGGUCAGCGCGUCGACGGACAAGGUCGUCCCGCUCUCCUUUGUCAUGAUGUUCCGCCAGCUGCUGCCGCAGUUUGCAGAGCGCGCCCAGAACGGUGGCUUCAAGCAGCAGGACGCCGAGGAGUGCUGGACCACGCUCCUCUCCAUGCUCUCCACCCAGCUCCCGCGCAACGCCAUGGACAAGCUCUUCAUGGGCGAGCUGACAGAGACCAUGCAGUGCCUCGAGGCUGCCGACGAGCCGCCCUCGGUCCGCACCUCCACCUUUGGCAAGCUCACCUGCAACAUCACCGCAGACACAAACUACCUCGUCGAAGGCCUCAAGGCCGGUAUGUCCGAGGAGAUCGAGAAGAGCUCGUCGUCGCUCGGCCGCUCAGCCCUCUACCUCAAGAGCGCCGCCAUCUCAAAGCUCCCCGCAUACCUCACCGUCUCCAUGGUCCGCUUCUUCUGGAAGGCCAACGACCAGGUCAAGGCCAAGAUCCUCCGUUCCGUCAAGUUCCCCAUGGAGCUCGACGUCUUUGACAUGUGCUCGCCCGACCUCCAGGCCAAGCUCCGCGUCAACCGCGAGGUCAUCCUCGCUGCCCAGGAGGCCGCCACAGAGGCCGCCCUCGACGCCCGCGCUGGCUCCGCCGCAAAGGACAAAGACGACGCAGAGGCUGCUCCUGCCGACGACGAGCCCGCGCCCAUGGACGUCGCCGCACCCUCCUCCCUCACCCCGUCCACCUCGGCCGAUGCCGCGGCCUCAUUCCCCUACGCCCCGCUUGACAUCGACAACAUGCCCGACCUCCCCAACAAGACUGGCAUGUACGAGCUCUGCGGCGUCGUCACUCACCAGGGCCGCUCCGCCGACGCCGGCCACUACGUCGGCUGGGUCCGUGACGCUGGUGACCGCUGGAUGAAGUUUGAUGACGACGUUGUCACUGAAGUCUCGCCCGACGAGAUCCUCAAGCUCUCCGGCGGCGGCGACUGGCACGUCGGCUACAUCCUCCUCUACCGCUGCCGCCGUCACCCGGAGCUCGAGUCCGCAUCCGUCGAUGCUCCUGCCGCCUCGUCCUCGUCGUAGCGCCACCCUCCCCGACCCAUAACACAUCG